AUGAAGUUACAGGCUCUGAGGAGUCAGUAUGAAGUGUUGGAGAUGGAUAAGAAUGAGUCAAUUGCAGAAUAUGUCUCAAAGGUGCAGGGUUUGGUUCAUACAAUGAAGAAUUGUGGAGAAAUCAUAACAGAUCGCAUGAUCAUAGAAAAGGUAAUGAGAACUUUAAUCCCUAACUAUGAUCACAUUAUUGCUGCUAUACAAGAAUCUGGUAGUUUUCCAACUAUGCAAUUGGAAGAUCUUGUUGGCUCAUUGGAGGCACAUGAAUUAGUGAUAAAUAAAAGAAAGAAUGCUCAAGAAAUUGUACAGGCUAUGCAAGUAGAAACAUUCAAGAAGAAUGGUGGGAAUAAAGGAAAGAAUCAUGAUAAGUCAAAGAAUUUUUCGCAAAAGCACAAUAAAUUUGAUGGAAAAUCUGAAUCCUUCAAGAAAGGAGGAGGAACAUCAAAUUCAAAGAAAAAAGAUAAGAGCCACAUUAAGUGCUAUAAUUAUGAAAAAUAUGGUCAUUAUGCAUCUGAUUACUGGUACAAGAAAGGGAAAGAAAAGGCAACAGACUCAGAAGAUGAUGAAGCAAUGCUUGUGCAAGAAGGUUCAAGUAGUGGAGAAGUCACAUUCAUGGCUGCAGUUUCUGAAGAGAGACUGCAUCUACAUCUGUCUCAACACCUGAAGAAUGGUUUUUGGAUACAGGUUGUUACUUAG